GACCGCGCUCUGGCUCGGGCUUCCACAGCCUCCACCUCGUCAUCCCCCAUUCAAGUUCCAACACUCAGAGACCGCCGGUUGAACGUUGGAGAUUUGAGAAAGUAUGGCGUCGGCGCCGCCUUCGAGGGAGUUUCUGGAGCGUAUGGCGCUCAACCAGAUCGCUAUGGUGUACGCUACGAAUGUGGUGGACGUGCUGAACAUCGGCCUCCAACUGUUCAUGGUCCUCUACGGCCUUACCAUCUUCCUCGACACGCCCGCCAGCCUGCGCAAAGGCCGCGCCCGGUACAUCGUCCUCAGUUUCAUCAUCCUCGUCUUAUCCGCCCUGGCCGUGAUAUUCGAUCUGUUUGUGCAGUUUGAGACGUUGUACUAUUCUGGUCCGGGGAUUGAGCAUGCGAGAGCCAUGUCCAGGAAUUUUGGGCAUUGGGCGGUGUUUGCGAAAUUUGCGGUUACGUAUGCGGGGAUUGCCCUUGCUGAUGGGAUUUUGCUUUGGAGGUGUUAUAUUAUCUUGGGAAAUCUGUGGUGGAUUAUCUGUCUGCCUGGGCUUAUGUACCUCACCGUCAUAGCCCUCGCGAUUACCAUCGUCGUCCGCGACAUAACAGGAACAACCCUGAGCAGCUCCGCCGAAACCGCCAAAACGAUCUGGAUCGAAGUAGGCUUCCUAACGCUCACCGUAGCCGUGAACCUCAUCUCGACCUCCAUAAUCGCGUUCCGGCUCAUCCGCGCGCACCGUGCAUUCUCAGCGUCGCUACCUGGGAGGAGUAUGAAGGUGUAUAGGGUGGCGGUUAGGGUUUUGGUCGAGUCGGCGCUGCCGUUGACGUUCUUUGGGGUGUUGUAUUUGGCGUUUGUGGGGAGGAGGAUGGCGCUGCCGAGUGGUAUCACCCCGACUCCGGGUGUCCUGCAUACGACUGUUGCGGUGCAUGUGUUUGGAGCUGUGCAUAUUAUGUUUUCUGCGCUUUCCCCUCAGCUCAUCAUAUUCAGAGUGACGACUGGACGGUCGUUCGUCGGACAGCGCGGAUCCAGCGCGUCGUUGGAUAAGGAGAAUUCCAGUGCGAGUAGGUUCUUGCAGCCGAUCGUGUUCCAGAGGGGCGGAGGCAGUGAGAUUGAUACAGAGUUGUGGGCUGUUGGGCCUAUUACGAGGCUGGGCGCUUAA